AUGGAUAUUAUAGCAACCCCAUCAGCUCUAAGCUUGAAGAGGCUAUGGAGAAGAAGAAGAUACCAAAGACUAGGAAGCGGCACGGGCGCUCCAAGAUCAAGGAGCUUCCAUCUCGGGCGACUAUGGCGGAUGAGACGACGAGCUCCGAAACUACGGUUGAAAAUGGCAUCCCCAUUGAAAGUUUUAGCGAGGUUCCACGACGCAUAUGUAAAGAUGAUGACGAGGGUCGCGAAUAAUGUGGGGAAUAUGUAUGCCAUUGGAGGCUUUGGAAAUGGGAAGAGGAUACCAAAACUUGGUAAUCAAGUGUCUUUGGUUUAUUGUGGUGGGGAACAAGUUGACGCCAAGUUGGUGUUGGAAAUGUAUAACAAACUUGCUGCUUCCAAGAACUUGACCGUAGCAUAG